UUGCGUCCCAAGUCCCGAGUCCCAAGUCCCAAGUCCCAACGGUGAAGAGUGAAGAACCAACUGAAACUUGGAAAAUUCGUAAAUUCCAAGUUCCAUCCAAGACAUUUUAGGGUUUUAGAGGUUCUGCAACUUCUGUUGGUAGAGCUCAGGAAAGGGUUUUAGUUGUUUUUGAUUGGCUCAUGGAUUGACAGGGACGACGCGGGCUUAGUCCUUGAGAGAAAGCGAUAAUCUGGUAAACUCCGUGGGUUUUUCUCGUCAUUUAAGAAGAGACGAGACACCGAGGAAGAAAGCAUGGCAGCUAAUUAUGCAAGACGAACUCUUCUAAGCUCUCCUGCAUCUGCAUCAAAAAUUUUAAGUGAAUGCAGAUCAUCAUCAUCUUUUGUUUUGGGAGCAAGUAAGGUUGGAGGAUUCGCUUCUACAAAGCCUACUUCUGCACGAGUUUCUCAACAUAAGCUUUCGUUAUUCUCCGGGAUUAGCAACUCCUCUGUAGCAGGGCCAAAUGAGCUUGUCAACAAAGUUGCCAGAUAUGAGCAAUCAAAAGAGUACUACAUGAGAGGCCAAGAUUUGAGAAAUGAGCUUUCAUGAGUAUUGUUAUUCUUGAAUGAGGUCAUGUUGGUGGUGGACCUUGAUUGGGAGGCCUUUGGGGAAGUCGACGAAUGGAAAGGCGAGAGGAUGAUCAGGUUCUGCUAAUUCCCAAUGGAAGUUGAGGACUAGGUGGUGAACUAACAUGGCCAUCUCCAGCUUGGCUAGUUUUGAGCCAGCGCAGAGUUGUGGUCCUACCCACCCCAACAACAUGAAGUAGUUGCUCAUCAUCAAGCUCAAACCAGUAUUAUAGGAUCUCUCUAGAGGCAGUGGUGACGCAAUCAUGGCAGACAGCGGAUGACAUCGCAUCUACAGUAGCAGUUUCCGUAUAUGGCAUUGAGACUAUGGUUGAUGGUGGUGUUGUUAUAAUUGGAAUAAAGAGUAGAGAGGAGGAUGUUGAAGUUCGAGACUUGAGCACAAAUGAGAGUCAUUGUUGGACCCGAGGUGUUUGAUAACCAAACAUAUAUUCAAAUAGUGUUCAUAUUCUCAAUUAAUAAUGCGUUCUGCAUUUUGAGAA